AUGCCUGUGUUGGAGAAGAGAUCUGUAGCCCAACUGAAGAGUCCAGAAUUAAACAAGAUUUACUUUCAGUUUGAUUCAGGGCAGUAUCAGGUGUUGGUACUGUUACAGUCUGUAAGCUUUUUAUUCCUGUUUUUGCUUAUACAGAUGAAACUUCUUUCUGCAACUCCUGGAAAAAUUGUUUGUGAAAUGAAAGUAGAGGAGGAGCAUACAAACAGAGGCGGCACCUUGCAUGGAGGUUUGACAGCCACGCUUGUGGAUGUGGUGUCAACCACAGCGUUGCUGUACACAGAAAGAGCAGUGCCUGGGGUCAGUGUGGACAUGAACAUCACAUAUACUUCUGCUGCUAAGAUUGGAGAAGAGAUACUGAUUACAGCUGAGAUUUUGAAGCAAGGAAGAAAUAUUGCGUUUGCCAGCGUGGAUUUAACAAAUAAGGCGACAGGGAAGUUAAUUGCACAAGGUAGACAUACAAAGUAUCUAGGAAGUUAAUAUAAGAAAGUAAUUUAAAAAAUAAUAAUGUUGGGCUUCAGAAUCCCAUAUAGAAUGAUUUUCUCAUUUAUGCAAUAAGACAUCAUCUGCACAAAGUUGUAAUAGUCUAUAUAAAGUGAAUUAGUCUCACUGCCAUAAUAAACGAACAAAUUUCUUAAUUACCACCAGAAUUGCUACAAGCCUAAAAUUAGUGCCUAUUUUGGGAUGAACAACGGAGUGUGACAGCGUGGGGAUGCAUCUGGCUUUUUCUGGUCAAGAUAGCAGAAGGAAAGAGCCUUUGGACUAGCCGUAUGGUUUACCAGCAUGACAGCGUUUUAAAAGAUCUCUGUUUCCUUUGCCUGUGGUGCCGUUGUGUGACAAAGCAACCCUGUCUUCAGGCCUGUCACAGUCACAUUCAAACA